AUGGCGUCGAGUGAAGUAUCUGAUGUGAAGAUUAUUCUUUUGGGGAAAAGUUUGCCGAACAGCAGCAGAGUAGGAAACUGCAUUCUGGGAAAAUUUGUGUUUGAGACAGAAUCCACUCCACAUUCAGUGAUUCAGCACAGUGGCAGAACUGGAGAACCAGAAGAUGGAAGAUACAUCACCAUCAUCAAAGCACCUCAUCUUCAUGUUCCUGACCUCUCACUGGAGGAACUGAAUCAGGAAGUAAAACAGUGUGCUUUACUCUCUAAUCCUGGACCUCAUGGAUUCUUACUGGUGGUACAACCUCACGAUUUCAGUGAGGAGGACAGAACCCGACUGAAAUACAUACUGAACUCUUACAGUGAAGAAGCUCUAAAUUAUUCCACUGUGAUCAGUACAGACUGCAGGAGUGAUGAAGUAAAAUCUGAUGCUUUUCACAAGUUAUUAGACGAUUGUCAUGGAAGACAUCACAGAUUCACUCAGUUAGAUAAACGUGACCAGAAUUCAGUCAGUCAGCUGUUGGAGGAGAUUGAUAAAAUGCUGAAGGAGAACGGUGGAGAUCAUCUUGUGUGUGAAAUAUUUGAGGAUGCAGUGGAACCAAUACAACUUGACAAAAAGAGUUUUUCAGAUUUUUGUGAAGAUGAAGGAAUCGGAACAUUAACUUUUAUUCAACAUGAAGUAAAUACAGUACUGUAA